ACAGCAGUGCUUUUGGAGCAUCAGCUGCAGGCAGCAGUAAUCCCCCCGAGUCUGGCUUCAUCUCCACGGCUCUCAAGGGCAAGCCAAGGUUUGGGAGUUUUUUUAUUCCCAGGCGCACAGCUUUGGAGAGCACCACCGGGCGACAGUUCCGAACAGCACCCAGGGCGGUGCUCCAAGAGCUUCUGUAUCGGGGAGAAACACUCUUGAGUUGGAAGGAACCACUGCAAACACUUCAAGCGCAAAUACAAUUUACAAUUUUGGAGAGGAAGAAUCACGUCAGAGCACCAGUGAUUUAAAAGAAAAGGGGGAAAUAAUUUCAGCUGGAAAAUGUUUUGGAACACCCUGCCAGCGUCGUAAAAUGAAUAACCAUGGAUGUAUUUGUUUGCCUAUACAAAAAGGCUCCGAUAAGUUUUAGAAGUGCUUGACAUUUUUUCACGGAGAGCAAUUGUGAUAAUGAAUUCCAGGAAUUUAAAUGGAAACCUUCGUUCAAUAUGGAUUUUGAAAAGAUUUUGAGGGCUAAACGUAUUAACAUCUAAUGGGAAAACCUUAAACUCUGGAAGCAAUGCUGCAGACUACUGAGUUUUACACCUGUGAGUAGCCCGAGGCCCGCCAGCGGCGGCUAACAGGAUGAGAAGAUGGCGGCCGUGCUCCUACCGUCGGGACAGGAGAGCCUGCGGCGCUUCACGCGCGAGUCCCUGGCCGCAAUCGAGCAGCGGGUCCAGCAGGAGCAGGCCAAACGUGCCAAGGACUACCAGGAGGACCUGGGUGACGUCGAGGCGCCCAAGCCCCGCGCCGACCUGGAGGCUGGCAAGGGCCUGCCCCGCAUCUUCGGAGACAUCCCCAUGGGGCUGGUGGGGGCGCCCCUGGAGGAUAUUGACCCCUACUACAAGAACCAGAAGACCUUUAUAGUGCUGAAUAAAGGGAAAGCCAUCUUCAGAUUCAGUGCCACGUCAGCCCUCUACAUCUUCAGCCCCUUUCAUCUCAUCAGACGGAUCGCCAUACACAUCCUCACACACUCAUUGUUCAGCUUGUUCAUCAUGUGCACCAUCCUGACCAACUGCUGCUUCAUGGCCAUGUCUGACCCACCCCACUGGACAAAGUACCUCGAGUAUACAUUCACAGGUAUCUACACAUUUGAGUCCCUGAUUAAGAUCCUGGCGCGGGGCUUUUGUGUGGGCCCCUUCACCUUCCUCAGGGACCCCUGGAACUGGCUGGACUUCAGUGUCAUCAGCAUGGCGUAUCUGACAGAGUUUGUGGACCUGGGCAAUGUCUCAGCGCUACGGACAUUUAGAGUUCUCAGAGCCCUCAAAACAAUAUCAGUCAUACCAGGCCUGAAGACCAUCGUGGGAGCGCUGAUCCAAUCAGUGAAGAAGCUGGCGGACGUAAUGAUCCUCACCAUGUUCUGCCUGAGCGUCUUCGCUCUGAUUGGCCUGCAGCUCUUCAUGGGCAUGCUGCGGCAGAAGUGUGUGCGCAGCACUGCCCUCUGCGUCAACUCAUCCUACAACGCCAAUGACAUGUUCAUCUGCAACAACAAGACCUGGCAGUCUAUGGCCGACUUCACCAUGAACGAGGAUAACUAUUACAAGAUAGAAGGAGCGAAGGAUGCCUUAAUAUGUGGAUAUGGAAACGAUGCAGGAAAGUGCCCAGAUGGCUUUGACUGUUUGAAGACAGGAAGGAACCCGAACUAUGGCUACACCAGUUUUGACUCAUUUGGCUGGGCCUUCCUGUCCCUCUUCCGUCUCAUGACCCAGGACUACUGGGAGAACCUCUACCAUCAGACUUUGCGCUCGGCAGGGAAGACCUACAUGGUGUUCUUUGUGUUGGUCAUCUUCCUGGGCUCCUUCUAUCUGAUCAACCUGAUCCUGGCUGUGGUGGCCAUGGCCUACGAGGAGCAGAACCAGGCCACCAUUGCCGAGGCCUGGCAGAAAGAACGAGAGUUCCAACUGGCCAUGGAACACCUGCGCCGAGAACAGAGGGCCGCUGCUCGUGCGGCGCGUGCGGCCCAGGAGCCAGAGACGGUGAAGUCAGCCGAGGUGUCGCCGUUCUCGCUCAAGGAGGUGCGGGACCGGCGGAUCUGGUCUCGCUCCCACAGGACCCUCUCAGAGGAGAUGGAGGAAGAGGGAGAGCUCCGUUCCUCCAAGUUCGACACCUUUGACGAGCCCAUGCCGGCCCACCCCCUGCUGGAGGCGCUCUCCUCUCACCCCCUGAGCACGCGGCGAGGCAGCCAGGCCAGCAUCUUCAGCUUCCGCCCACGCAUUAACUCCGAGGCCGACUUUGCCGACGACGAGCACAGCGUCCAUGGCGGCUUCGGUGGCGACGGCGGCCGCAGUCGGGCGUCCUCGGUCGCGCUGUCGUCAGUGUGGGCCAAGCGGCGGACGGGCAGCGUGCGGAGCCGGUGUUCGCAGGCCCUGCUGGCCACGCCGAGCCUUAACGUGAACGGGCGACUCAGCCUAAACCUGUCGCUGGACCAGAAUGGUGUGGCCUGUCUGCUGCCACACACACACACACACACACACACGCCCACCCCAACCUCACCGCCCGCCUGCAGCAUGGAGAAGGUCAAGGAGGACGCAGAGGACCAGCCAUAUCAGGAGAGCCCCACGACCCCAGCACCACACUCUCCUGAUGGACAUGAGGAGGCUCCACCUCUUCGCAGGAAGAGAGGCAUGAGCUCCGUCAGCUUCUUCAGUGACGCCAUAGAUGAGCUGGCGGAGGCUCAACAGAAGUGCCCCCCCUGCUGGUACGAGUUUGCGCAGAAGUACCUGGUGUGGACGUGCACUCCGGACUGGCUGCGGCUGAAGGAGUAUGUGAAGGUGAUGGUGAUGGACCCCUUCCUGGACCUGGGCAUCACCAUCUGCAUCGUGCUCAACACACUCUUCAUGGCGCUGGAGCAUUACCCGAUGACCGACGAGUUCAACAAGAUGCUGACCGUUGGCAACCUGGUCUUCACGGGGAUCUUCACCUUUGAGAUGGUCUUCAAGCUGAUCGCCAUGGACCCCUACUUCUAUUUCCAGCACGGCUGGAACAUGUUUGACGGGAUCAUCGUGUGCUUGAGCCUCGUAGAGAUGGGCCUGUCUAACGUGGAGGGCCUCUCCGUGCUGCGUUCAUUCCGACUGCUGAGAGUCUUUAAGCUGGCCAAGUCCUGGCCCACGCUGAACACCCUCAUCAAAAUCAUCGGCAACUCGGUGGGCGCCCUGGGCAACCUGACCCUCGUCCUGGCCAUCAUCGUCUUCAUCUUCGCCGUGGUGGGCAUGCAGCUGUUUGGCAAGAACUACCAGGACUGCGUGUGCAAGAUCUCCAAGGACUGUUCGCUGCCACGCUGGCACAUGAAGGACUUCUUCCACUCGUUCCUGAUUGUGUUCCGUGUGCUGUGUGGCGAGUGGAUUGAGACCAUGUGGGACUGCAUGGAGGUGGCAGGACAGCCGCUCUGCAUCCUUGUCUUCAUGCUCGUCAUGGUGAUCGGCAACCUGGUGGUGUUAAAUCUGUUCUUGGCCCUGUUACUGAGUUCCUUCAGCUCGGAUAACCUGUCAGCCCCAGACGACGACGGUGAACUGAACAACAUGCAGAUCGCCAUUGCACGCAUCCACAACGGCAUGAGCUGGCUGGGAAACUUCUGCCAUGAGCUCUGCAGUGGAGACUUCCGGAAGCAGCAACAGAAGGCCAAGGAAGCCUCGCUGAAAAGCGAGCAUCCUGCCGUCGCCGCCACGGGCAACCACGUGGACUGCAAUGGCAUCGUGGGAGUAAUCGGCCGCUACGGGGAGGUCUAUGUCAUCCCUGACGAGGGCGAGGACAGCUACAUGACUAACCCCACCAUCACCAUCACAGUGCCCAUCGCCCCUGGGGAGUCCGACGUGGAGUUUCUCGAGGAGGAAGAGGAGGAAACAGAGUCGUCGGAGGAUGAUGAGAGCAAAGCGGAAGUGAUUAGCUUGUCUGAGGGGAGCACGGUGGACCUGCGAAGGCCAGGGGAGGAAGAGGAGGAUUAUUCCGAGAUGGGAGACGAUGCCAUGGACCCGGACAACUGUUUCCCUGAGUUCUGUGUGCGGCACUGUAAGUGCUGUGAGAUCGACACCACCCGGGGGGUGGGCCAAGCCUGGUGGAGACUGAGGAAGACCUGCUUCCAGAUCGUGGAGCACAGCUGGUUUGAGACCUUCAUCAUCUUUAUGAUCCUCCUCAGCAGUGGAGCUCUGGCCUUUGAGGACAUCUACAUUGAGCAGAGGAAAGUGGUGAAAGUCAUCCUGGAGUACGCUGAUAAGGUGUUCACCUACAUCUUUGUGCUGGAGAUGUUCCUCAAGUGGACUGCCUACGGCUUCAAGAAGUAUUUCACCAACUACUGGUGCUGGCUGGACUUCCUCAUUGUGGAUGUGUCUCUCAUCAGCCUGGUGGCCAACUCUCUGGGUUACUCCGACUUCACGGCCAUCAAGUCCCUGCGGACCCUAAGAGCACUUAGGCCUCUCAGAGCCCUGUCACGAUUUGAGGGCAUGAGGGUGGUGGUGAACGCUCUGAUCGGGGCCAUCCCCUCCAUUAUGAACGUGCUGCUGGUCUGCCUCAUCUUCUGGCUCAUCUUCAGUAUCAUGGGCGUCAACCUGUUCGCCGGCAAGUUUGGCAAGUGCGUGAACCGCAUGGGCUACCUGCACAACGCCUCCAUGGUCAACAACAAGUCCGAGUGCCAGAGCAUGAAUGACACACAGUUCUACUGGACCAAGGUCAAGGUCAACUUCGACAACGUGGGCAUCGGCUACCUGUCACUUCUGCAAGUGGCAACUUUCAAGGGCUGGAUGGAGAUCAUGUAUGCAGCUGUAGACUCUCGUGGGGUGGAGGACCAGCCCAUAAAGGAGAUCAACCUGUACAUGUACCUCUACUUCGUCAUCUUCAUCAUCUUCGGCUCCUUCUUCACACUCAACCUCUUCAUCGGUGUCAUCAUUGACAACUUCAACCAGCAAAAAAGAAAAAUCGGGGGGCAGGACAUCUUCAUGACUGAAGAGCAGAAGAAGUAUUAUAACGCCAUGAAAAAGCUGGGCUCUAAAAAACCCCAAAAGCCAAUCCCAAGGCCAAUGAAUGAAGUGCAGGGGUUCUUCUUCGAUCUGGUUGCUAAGCAGGCCUUCGACAUCACCAUCAUGAUGCUGAUCAUCCUGAACAUGGUAACGAUGAUGGUGGAGACAGACGAGCAGUCUGAGCACAUGGAAACGGUGCUCCACUACAUCAACCUGGUGUUCAUCGUCAUCUUUACGGCCGAAUGCCUCAUCAAAAUCUUCGCCCUACGCUGCUACUUCUUCACCAUCAGCUGGAACAUCUUCGACUUUGUUGUGGUUAUCCUGUCCAUCGUCGGAAUUGUGCUGGCUGACAUCAUAGAAAAGUACUUUGUGUCCCCCACCCUGUUCCGCGUCAUCCGACUGGCGAGGAUUGGACGCGUGCUACGUCUGAUCCGCGGUGCAAAAGGAAUAAGGACGUUGCUCUUUGCCUUAAUGAUGUCACUUCCUGCCCUUUUCAACAUCGGCCUCCUGCUCUUCCUGGUUAUGUUCAUCUAUUCCAUCUUUGCCAUGGCCAACUUCGCCUAUGUCAAGAAGCAGGGCGGCAUCGAUGACAUGUUCAACUUCGAGACGUUCGGCAAUAGCAUGAUCUGCCUCUUUCAGAUCACUACAUCGGCCGGCUGGGACAACCUCCUGGACCCAAUUCUCAACAACUCGCCCGAGGAGUGCAACUCGCAGGCGGUCAACACGGGCACCAACAUGAAGGGGAACUGCGGCAACCCAUCCGUGGGCAUCGCCUUCUUCGUGUCCUACAUCAUCAUCUCCUUUUUGAUUGUGGUCAACAUGUACAUCGCCAUCAUUCUGGAGAACUUCAGCGUGGCCACUGAGGAGAGCACGGAACCUCUGAGCGAGGACGACUUCGAGAUGUUCUACGAGGUGUGGGAGAAGUUCGACGUCGAGGCGACGCACUUCAUCGAGUUCGCCAAGCUCUCGCGUUUCGCCGACACACUUUCAGAGCCGCUGCGCAUCGCCAAGCCCAAUAAGAUCAAGCUCAUCUCCAUGGACCUGCCCAUGGUGAGCGGCGACAAGAUCCACUGCCUGGACAUCCUGUUUGCCUUCACCAAGCGUGUGCUGGGCGAGUCGGGCGAGAUGGACGCCCUCAAGCAGCAGAUGGAGGAGAAGUUCAUGAUGCUCAACCCCUCCAAGGUGUCCUACGAGCCCAUCACCACCACGCUGAGGCGCAAGCAGGAGGAGGUGUCUGCCUCCAUGAUCCAGCGCUGCUACCGCAGGCACCUGGUGCGCCGCCACAUGAAACAUGCCUCCUACCUGUAUCGCCGCAUCAACCAGGAGGGGGAGGACGAGGAAGCGGCACCUGAGCAAGAGGGCCUGAUCGCCAGCAUGAUCCGUGAGCACUACGGGCCCCCCACGGAGGUGGUGGACGUGGAGGCUCUGGAGGCGGAGGCCGCGGAGGAGGGAGCAAGCCUGUCGUCCGUCUCGUCGCCUCCGUCGUACGAGAGUGUGACGCGGGCAGCCGCGGUUGACACAUAUCAGGUGGUGAUCCCUGUGGUGCCUCUUGCCGGGGACCUUAGGGACCAAGACACAAGCACAGCAGAGGAAGGAUACGAUGAAACGUUCCUUUAGGAGGGUUUUUUUUUUUUUAAGUUCUCUAAAGACUGCUUUUUUGGUUUGGUUUGUUUUUGUUAUGAAACUCAAGAAAUAUACUGUUUUUUUCUGUUCUCUGGGGAUUGACUGGAUGAGAUACUCGGCAAUAUAUUCUAGCAAUGACCUAUUUCUAAUGAGUGAUUCACGAGGAACCACAUUUCUUUGCUCCCAGAACCACUUGAGAUCAACGAUACAUCCGAUGAGUUACUCAAAACUAAUAUACUCAGAUUGACUUUUUGACAUGGUUUCUGUCUAACAUUGUCUCUGAUGAACAGGUUAUAUGGUCACCAUAACACAUACAUCUCAUCAUUAUUCCAAAAAACAUUUUCAAAGCUGUUGUGUAACAUAUUCCAAAAUGUUGAAACUUUACAUAGGCUACCUGUAUCCAUAUCCUACACCAAACUAAAACAAUAUUUUAAUACCAUUAAAUUGUGGCAAUUGGCUAAAAUGAGUUGGGUGGAUCAGACAGAAGAUAGUUGUGUGUGGGGAAACUUAAAUCAGUUUUGUUUGUGUUUUAACUCAUUUCCUAAAGGUGCCAUGGUGUACAGUAGUCAUAUCAGACGUGGAAAUCCAAAAGCCCAAUCUGUAAUAUCAGUGUCAGUCUGUGACACACUGCACAGCUGAGGGUAAUCUCUCCUCAAACCUACUUCAUCUCCAACUACCACUGGAUGUGUCUUGCACAGAAAUGAGCAAGAGACAAAAGAGUUCAGUAAAAAAAGAGACAAACAAAUAAAUGUCUCGAAAUGUGGACCCUGAGUAAACCCUCCUGGCUUCCUGUGAAGAGCUUGGUGUGGUCAAGAGAAGUGUGCCUGAUUCGGACUCUAGGCUGGGCUCGCACAGACACGCUCUGAAACCUAAACCCAAGAGAAGCCCUCUGUGGAACAGAGAUGGCUCUGGUCUGAUCUAGAUGUGGAACAGAUCUGACCUAGUUCUGGCUCUGGUCUGAUCUAGAUUUGAAACAGUUCUAACCUAGUUCUGGUCCUUGUCCUGGUCUGAUCUAGAUUUGAAACAGUUCUAACCUAGUUCUGGUCCUGGUCUGAUCCAAAGCUGCCUGGGGUCUGAUCUAGAUUUGAAACUAGUUUAAUCCAAAGAUGCUCAGAAGAUGAUCUAGGUUUGAAACUGGUCUGAUCUUAGGCUGCCUAGGGGAUGAUCUAGAUUUGAAACUGGUCUGACCCUAUGCUGCCCUGGGGUCUGAUCUAGAUUUGGCUCAGAUCUGUUCCAGAUUUUGUCACUCUGGGAAUCUGAUGUUUCAAGAAGAGUAAAAACACAAUAAACACCUUUUUAUUGAUUGAGUGAUAAAGACAAAAAUCUAUAUAAUAUACAUAUAUAUUUCUAAUGUGUUUUUAUGUAAUACAUUAUAUUUAAAUGACACUUAUAGGACAGGAGAUGCAAUUAGGGAAGUAUUGUUCACUAGGUAGCCACAUUUUUCUAUAAAAUAAUGCUUUCCUCAAAAGUAUGUUUUCCACUUUGAAUAAAAUUAACACAUUUAUGGACUGUUGAUAUUAAAGUUAAUAAAAUAUAUUUUCCAUGAA